AAAAAAAUUGAAUACAUGUAUGCGGAUAGAGCAAUCUCUAAUCCUAUUGGUGGAUGUGAUGCACUGUCAACUACUAAACCAAAACUUCUGGCUUCCCCUGAUCCAACGUGGCAAUACGAAUCUCUGUCGGGCUCUUGCCGGAAAGAAGUCGGAGAAGACGAAGCUCUGCAGCUGCAGCUCAGAGGAGCAUCAAUGGCGGUCGCCGCUCCCUCCCCCGCGGCUUUUCUUCCAAGAACCGCCGACAAGCCCAGAAGUUUCCCCUUCUCCUUCUCCUCUGCGCCUCGCUACAAUCAUGGCCGCUUGCUUCCCGCCAGGAAGCCCUUGACUAUCGUCGCCAUGGCUCCCCGAAAGAAGGUGAACAAGUUGGAUGAUAACUGGGAGAAGCAAUGGUUCGGGGCGGGGAUCUUCUACGAGGGGAGCGAACAAGUCGAAGUGGACGUCUUCAAAAAGCUCGAGAAGCGGAAAGUCCUUAGCAAUGUCGAGAAAGCGGGGCUCCUCUCCAAGGCGGAGGAGCUUGGUUUCACCCUGUCGUCGAUAGAGAAGCUCGGCGUGUUCUCGAAAGCAGAGGAGCUCGGGCUGCUGAGCCUGCUCGAGAAGGUGGCGGGUACCUCCCCGUCUACGCUUGCCUCAGCAGCCCUUCCAAUUUUGGUGGUGGCCGUGGCAGCCGUGGUGCUGAUCCCGGAUGACUCCACGGGGCUGGUGGUGGUGCAGGCGCUGGUGGCCGGGGCACUCACUGUGGGGGCUGCUGGGCUGUUAAUAGGUUCAGUUGUGCUUGGCGGGUUACAGGAGGCUGAUUGAUCGGCAAGUCGUAGUCGAUCCGAACCAUUUCUUUCCUUCGUUUUGUGUAACGUACAUUUUGUGGGAUGAGGAGGAUCAGUGAUUCAGUAGGGCGGGCAUUUGUAUUAUACACAUAUGUGUAAUGUGAACGCAAGUAUGAGCUCUUCAUCAGAAGAAAGUUAUGAGGAAAUGUGCAGAAUCGUCUGAAUUACAUGCUUAAA